GUGUCUUGAUGGGUGUGAUGCACAGAAGAUGUGACGUGCUACAGCUCACGAGCGUUAAGCGUUCAUAUCCGCUCCAAGGCCUAGCAAGAACGCGGCAAGGUGAACAUGACCGUUAAAGCAGACGAGUUGCAGAGGAACGCUUGAGUGCAUCGUUCCGAUCAUUAACGUUCCAACCAAAGUCGAUCAGUACCAGUUCAACUGGUACUGGUCCAGUUGCAAUACGUUCAGGUAUCCGGCAUGAUGCACACGAGUUGCAGAGGAAGUUACGAAAAACAAAUUAUUAAGCAUCUAACGUUCUCGCUACACGUAUCGGGCCUUUGCAUCGAUCCAUGUCAACGUCUUGGUCCGAUCGUGAGAAGUCGGUGCGUUGUUCAUCUUUCUCGCUUGCAAUUAGAAAGUGUUCAACGAGUUGAUCACAUCGAACCGCAACAAACUCGUAACUUGACGAGCUGCGCUGCGUCUCGUUCUUCUUCUUGCCGGGCUUUGAAUUCACAGUCUCAUACUCCUGCACUAGGUUUUUUUUGCCUUGCAACCAGCCUGAACGGCGGUUGAUCAGUCGACAGCAAUUGCACUAUUUUUUUUUAUUCUAAGAAAAAUAGGUGCCUGUCACAAAAAAUAGUUUUCUAAGAAGUAAAUGCC